UGCUGAACGCUUAACGUGGUAAUAACGUUAACCUAAUAAUGCAUUAAACGCUGACUCAGAAUACCGUCAGAUGUUGUAUAAAAUAACGUAGCUGUUUUCACGCUUGUCAGAGAGUCUUAGAGAACUGUAACGUUGUAAAGUGCUAUAACUUUACGUUACGUUAAACUCUACAACGUGUUUUGAAGACGCUGUUGUUUGAAUUGUUUUAAUCUAUAACCUUUGGAUAAAACAUUAAUUGUUUGCAAAAUUAUACCUUUCAUUAACCAGUUAUAAUACAGAGUUAAAUGAUAAAAUAAAUUAAUAUACGCUGGCUUAACGUUUCUCUAAUUGAAUUGCAAUUUUACAAAAAAGAUAUGGAUAUAUACAAAGCAAUAUUCCUGACGUCUGUUUUUAUCCUGGUAGUUUAUACGGAGGUCGGACAUGGCCACGGAGGGUUACUCGAACCUCCAAUGAGGAGUGUAGCAUGGAAGUAUGGAUUCGACGCCCCGAUUAACUACGACUGGAUGUCACUGUAUUGCGGGGGAUUAAAUAACUUUACAAAGAACAAUGGAACAUGUGGUCUAUGUGGCGACCCCUAUGAUGGCCCUUAUGAGAACGAUAAAGGCGGGAUUUACGACACCGGAAUUAUUGUACGGCAUUAUCCGGCCGAUUUACGGGAAAUAGAGGUCAAGGUCGAAAUUACCGCUCAUCACAAGGGAUACUUCCAGUUUAAACUCUGCCCGAAUAACGCCGAGGAGCUGACACAGUCAUGUUUGGACAGAUAUCCAUUGCUGAUUCGAGAGGGACGGCUUCAAGGUGACCCUACUCGAUAUUUCCCCCCUAAAGACCCGAAACUGAGCGAGGUCCACGUUCUUCUUCCACAGGGGGUCACUUGUGAUCGAUGCGUAUUACAGUGGACUUACACCGCAGGUAACAAUAUUGGGAGAGAUGUACAAGAAACGUUUGUAAACUGCGCAGAUAUAAGUAUUGGUGGAACCUUAGAUCGAGUCCCGGUCAAAAGUUCACAACCGAACGAUGGCUCUGUUGUCGUGAUUGGACAGCAGCCGAACCUGACCAGCAUUAUUGACCAUGCAUCCCCCGAUGCUGUGAGAGAAGUUCUGACAGCAUUGUCAGGCCACUCUCAUGCAAUGCCUAAUGGAUUUCCUGACACACCUGGUUUAAAUCAUCAUGACCACGCUCGCGGGGAAAAUAGCGGAAUGAGAAACAAGGAAUCUGUAAUAAAUCGUCAGUCAACGCCAAGAUCUCGGUGGAAUAAUGAUGGAGGUCAAUGGACAAGAGUACCUUUAGUAAAUGAAUUGAAUCAACGUUUAGCGAAUCUGCAGAACUCAGAUACACCCGGACUAUCAAGAGAUGAUCGUCUAGGCUCCUCUUUGGACGGCCAGGAAAGAACUGGUAUGAAUUGGGACUGGAAUGGCGAAGGAAGAUUUAUUGGUUUGAGUAAUUUUGGUCCAAGACAUCCUGGAUCGUUCAAUGGUAUCUUCUUACCUCCAUUUCAAAUGGAUCCAUCUCAAAUGAGCAGAUUUUGGUCAAAUAGUGUACCACCGCCUUCAGAAGUUACUUUUCAACAUGUAGAUAAUGAUCAAGCUAUUAACAGACAUCGGGAACAAACGUUAACAGAUAAAGGGUCUCAUACAAGCCUUCUUGGUUCUGUGGCUGGUGUUGCAGGAAGUCUAGCGAAUAACCGUCACAAUGGACAAACAGGUGCGAAUUCACGCUUGGGCCACAUUCCAAGACACUUCGUGAAUCAAAUGAACGAACUUCGGCAAGCAUUUCCAAAUAGUCGGCAGUGGAGGCGGGGCGAUGGAAUGGCAUCAGCAAGAAAUGCUGUUAGACACGCCCCUCCAGUAGACACUCACGAUUUUUCAGUUGAUGAAAUAAGACAGUUAGUGCCUUCUUUACCAGUAAACAUUGGUCCGCGCCAAGAUAUCGAUAGACGAUUUUACCCAGACGCAACGAAUACGCGCGAAAACUGGUUCCCGGGAUCUCACGUUCUAAUGCAACGACAGCGCAUGCGCCAAAUGUCUAGAAGAAGACCACGCCUACCAAGGCGAAUCGAGGUGCACACAAUGGCGGUUGCACAACAUUUAUUGAGAAAAUACCCUCAGUUAAGAGGACGAGUGUUCCUCUCACGACAGGGUCAUGUGAGGAACCAAUUUUCCCAUAUGAUGAAUAAAUACGCAAGACGUCGAAAUUGGUCGUCAACAACACGAUAAAGAAAUACAUGAAACAGAAACAAUACAUUCACCUGCUGACUUUGUAAAACUGAACUUUUCCAGACAGUCUGCAUUGAUGUGGCAACGUCGGCGCUGAUCCAGAAUUAUUGAUAAGAAUGGGCUUCACAAUUUCAACAAGAUACAACAUAUAUUCCAAAGAGUAUUGACAUGUUACUACUAUUCUAGAAGGAUCCGUAAGUCACAAUUUUGCCCCAAGAUUGACGCUCAAAACGUACGAAUAAUAUCCAAAUGAUAUAGGUGUUCCACAAUGUAGUAAAGUCCCAGGCUGUGGGGUUAUGACAAUAUAACCCUUUCUCUGGAUUCGAACAUGUAACGGCAAAUCAAUUUCAAUCCCAGUAACGUUCAGUAGCGAACUUUUUGAUAAUGUUAUAAGAUUUAUUUUCCUUAAUCUCAAAAUGAAAUUCGUUAGUUGAAUAAGCUAGUGGUCGGCAUAUUUCUGUACUGUUUUAAAGCGGCUGUACCAAGAAACAUUCAUUCGAAUUACAGUUAAAAAUCCCUCUCUUGAGACCUCCAAACUGACUGGACCAAAGUGGUCUUAAUAUCGGGAUGGUUUUCCGAGAUAUCUACUGUAUUUCUUAUUUAAAUAUGUAAUUUAUAGCAUAAUAAUCCAGUACUUUAAAAGUACAAUUCAUGUAUAUAAGUUGUAAAUAGUCAUUUUAGAAUACUCAUUUGUAUACGGCUUCUUAAUUGUUAUCAUUUCUUUGAAAUUUCAAGCAAUGUGCCUCCAGAUUUAUGCUAUUCUUAUGAAUAUUUUGAAAAUAUUUCAAGUGUUCGAAUGAAGUCGGCAAAUUCCGUUAUUCCUCUCUGUAUUCAUAUCUUACGUAAUAUGCCGAAGAUAUACGAUCUUUUUUUUUUUUUUUUGUUAUCAAUAAACUUCUUUCAAACUAAACUUUGGCGGAAAAAUGAAAUAAAACGAUAAAUUUACCUGCAUAUUAUCAGCUGUUAAUUUACGUUCACUGAUGUAUGAAUAAUUAUUAUGACUUUUUUGUUUCUUUUUUAAAGCUUAUUUUUAACCCAUAUCCUUCCUAAAGUGAUCAAAAUAGACAUUGCAAACAAUAUAACUCCAGACCAGACGACAAAUACUCCAGUGUCUUGUCAGGGAACUGUUUGAUUGUCAUAAUUUACUUCUUUUACUUUCUUGAAAAAAAUGGACGAAAAGAAAAAUAAUUAAGCAGACGACAUUUUAGCAGACGACACUUUUCCCAGCAUGCAAAGGGUUUAUUUAUACACGCAUCCUAUUUAUAGAGCCACAUGUGUAUAGAUAAUAUCAUCCAUUUGUUUAGAUUUUCGUCUAGUUUGCAUAUUUACCACUUAUUUGCAUAUAUACAUCUAAUUAGCAUAUUAACAUCUCAUGUAAGAAAUGCCAACAUGAAUGUAUAAGUUGUCGGACUGUGACUUUUCGGCUAAUGCUUAAUGACAACUUUCUAUAAUUAGUAAAAAAUAAAUUCAGCAUUGAAAAUCAUAAGCUUAUUUUGAACUAUUUCACAUACUAGUAUUUUAUUUUACAUUUAUUUCCGUUCAACUGUAUCAGUCACGGCUCAGUGACUGGAAAUUAUUUUACACACACCCUGAACAAUUUAGUGAUAAAUAUAUAUAAUUUUCUUUCGACUGAAUCUGUUUUAAAAUUUAUACUCAUUCACAAUGUUAUAUAAAUGUCUCUUACUUAGUGUACAGUAAGAAAGGUGAUAUAAAAGAUCAAUUAAAAAAUGAAGAAAAAAAUGAACUGAAAUAAGUAUUUAUGAAAUCUGUCGUCGUAAAAUUAUUCUUAAAUUGUAUCUAUUUAGUCUAAAAUCAUUCCUUCUUUCAACAAUUUCUCCAUUCUAUUCUAUAACAAUUUUCAUUAUUCUUCCUUAAAUCUCUGCUUAAGUCCGUUUGAUUAUAUAAUCAAUUUUGUUUGACCGGUAUAUACAGGUGGUCGCUCUUUAAAAAAAAAUCAGGUUUUAUAAAACAAUUGCUCGGAUGUGGUAGCGUGACCAUGCGUCUUUCAACACAAAGGAAAACGUCGGAUAAAAAAGUGUAAGAAAAGAAAUUGAUUUUUCUCAUUAGGCUGUUAUUAUUGUUUAGAUAGAAUGGUUAACUUAAAAUGACUGGUUUAUUAUUAUAUCAUUGUUGAAAUAUACUGGUUAAAAUAAAUCAUUUUAUCAUUGAUUAAAUAUACUGGUUAAUUGUUAUUGUUCAAAUAAACUGGUUAAUUAUUAUAUCAUUGUUUUAAUAAACUGGUUAAUUAUAAUAUCAUUGUUUUAAUAAACCUGUAAAUUAUUAUAUCAUUAUUUUAAUAAACUGGUUGAUUAUUAUAUCAUUAUUGAAAUAGACUGGUUAAUUAUUUUAUCAUUGUUUAAAUGGACUGGUUAACUAUUAUAACAUUGUUUAAACAGGCUGGUUAAUUAUUAUAACAUUGUUUAAAUGGACUGGUUAAUUUUUAUAUUUUGUUCAUAUUGACUUGUUGAUAAUUAUGCCAUUUUUCAAACAAAUUUUGUAUAUUGUUUUCGCCAAUCAUUUCACAUUAAUUUAUAAAUCAUCUAAUCAUUUGUCUUCAUUUCUUUUAUACUGUUGUUUAACGAUACGUUAUCGUAUAUGUGCUAUAUUAAAUGCAAGACUAGAAUGGUAGUCUAUUAAAAUAUACUUGUAUUUCAAUG